GUGGAAGAAGAAACUAGACACCUACUUGAUAAGAUGCGGCACUACUGAGUGAUACUUGUUAUUUUGUUGUUGUCAAAAGAGAAACUGUCGCGUCAGGCGUUUACAUAGGCUGCCGUCCCCACACUAACAAAGCGAUGCUGGUCACCGUUUUCUGCGCGCCGAGGGAUCGCCCAGAAACUACAUUUGCCCUCGAUGUGUCUCCGGAGCUGGAGCUGAGAGACUUUGUAGCACUUUGUGAAUUGGAGUCAGGAAUCCCAGCCGGGGAAAUUCAGAUCACAUAUGUAGAACAGCCCCUAAAAGACCCCACUCGUGCUUUGGGAACUUACGGUGUUAAGGAUGGGGAUGUUGUGGUUCUUCGACAAGCCGACAGGAGGUCACCGCCAACUCAACCAGCCUUCCCAGGUCUGCCCCGUAUCGACUUUAGUUCCAUCACAGUCCCAGGCACCUCCUCUGCCCCCACCCAAGGUAGUCCCACAAGGCCACAGCAACCGGCUCCACAGCCAGCCCCACAGCCUUCCACGCCUGUGGCCUUUCGUGGCUCUUCUCCCCAGGGUCUUGAUGACCCCGCCUUACUUCAGCAGAUGCUUCUAUCAAAUCCACAUGAGCUUUCACUCUUAAAGGAGAGAAACCCUCCACUUGCUGAGGCUCUAUUGAGUGGAGAUUUAGAGAAGUUCACCAAAGUGCUGCUGGAGCAACAGCAGGAUCGAGCGAAAAAGGAGCAAGAGAGAAUCAGACUUCUGACCGCUGAUCCAUUUGAUUUGGAUGCCCAGGCAAGGAUUGAAGAGGACAUCAGGCAGCACAAUGUGGAAGAAAAUAUGACCAUUGCAAUGGAGGAGGCACCAGAAAGCUUUGGACAGGUGGUUAUGCUGUACAUUAACUGCAAGGUCAAUGGCCACCCUGUGAAAGCUUUUGUUGACUCAGGAGCCCAGAUGACCAUCAUGAGUCAAGCCUGUGCGGAGCGCUGUAACAUAAUGCGGCUGGUAGACCGACGCUGGUCUGGAAUUGCCAAAGGAGUGGGCACUCAGAAGAUCAUCGGGAGAGUUCAUCUGGCUCAGGUACAAAUAGAGGGGGACUUUCUUCCUUGUUCUUUCUCCAUUUUGGAGGACCAGCCAAUGGACAUGCUGCUUGGUCUGGACAUGCUGAAGAGACACCAGUGUGCGAUCGACCUGAAGAAGAGUGUUCUUGUUAUUGGCACCACGGGGACUGAAACACGCUUCCUGUCUGAGGCAGAGCUACCCGAGUGUGCUCGCCUGGCAUACGGAGCAGAGGGGCGUGAAGAUGCUCGUCCAGAAGAAAUCUCUGACAGAGAACUGGCAGAAGCACUUCAGAGAUCAAUACAGGACAGCGACACUGCAGAUGGACAAACUACCUCACUACAGCCCCCAUCAUUUACAUUACCCAGAACCUUAGACCAAUUGUCCUCGCCCACCUCUCCUUCCCAAAGCCAUUCUCGUGGUCAACCCCAGAACCCGAUCCUGGACCGCGCCCAGUCUGCACCAGCCACCAUGGAGCAGGCCUCAGAACCAGGGAAGUGCCAGGACAAGCCUGGCCCCCAAGAGCUUUUUCAAUCUUCACCCACAUUAGAUAACGCUUCUCCACUUCCUAGUGCCCACCCUCACCCUCCACCUCUCCAUACCAACCCCGAUGCGCUCUCUCUACCCGGUCCCUCAACAGAUGUCCUCUGUACAUCUGCCCCUUUUGUAGACACACCCACAGCAUCCCAGGAUCCAGGGGGUGAGAUGCAACCGGGAACCACAGAGAUGGAUGGUGAAUCCCAUGAAGUGGGGAAAAGCUCUGGGUGCACCACAUCAGAGGACCUUUGUCAGAUUCAGCCCAUGGAGCAGGACUCAACUGUGUCUGAUUCUGAUACCGCAGAGGCCAAGUCAGUGGCUCCCAGCCAACCUGACUCAGUAGAGAUGGAGUCUCCCACCGCCUCCCGGGGUGUGGUGUCCUCUGAGAAGGACCAGUCUGAUGGAGGCUGUGUCUCCAGCUCCGACAGCAUCCCCUCGCUGGCAGCUGCUCUCAUGGAGCUCCAUGAGCUUCUGGUAUCCAACAACCACGCACAGUCCCAAAAUAGCAGUACUUCCUGCUCUCCAUCAUUUCCUCUCAGACAGGACACCGACAAAGUGUCCUCCAAAUCACGUACCCCAACCCCUGAAAAUCCCCGGCCUACAUGCUCUACUGUCAUUACUGCUGGUGCAGAAUCAAGUAAUGCCAAAGUCAACUAUGCUGCUACUAUGUCUGAUGAGGAACCAUCUCAGUGUCUUGUGUCUGACCUUUGUGGUCAGGAUGACCAUCUGGACGGAGGUACAGCAGAAGCUGCAGACGGACAAGGACCACUCCAGUGUCCAGAUGGCUCUUGGGAGAGAGGGGCAGAUGAACCAGGGCAAGAGGAGGCCAGUAACAUCAGCAUUUCUCAGCCUGAGCAAGAGGUUCCUCCUGACAACGAGCUGGAGUUCAGGGACCCACCCGAGGAGCAGCGUGAGAAUGGGGCUUUAGAUGAAAAAGCCUCCUGCACCAACACCCGAGAGACUCUUCAGACUGAGCACACUUUCCUCUGCCCGCCGGCAGCGGGCUCUCAGGAGAAAGUUCCAAACACCCCACCCUCCUCUGCUCCUCGUCUCACUCAGGACUCUCAGCCUUCAUGUCCGGCGCCUCUUCUUCCCUCUCCUCAGCCCUUUACAGAACAGUUUCCAGCUGAGCACAUCCAGAGAAUCCAGGCAGCAGGUUUUUCUGCCAGGGAGGCUGUGGAGGCACUCGAGCAAGCCCACGGGAUUGUGGAGCUGGCUCUGCUGGCUCUUCUAGCCCGCAGUAUCACUGUGCCCACCUAGACUCAUAACCAACCGCGCGAGUCCCGAGCUUCUCAACUCAAGUCUGUCUUAUUUAAAUCUUGUUACUGAUCCAGAUGUCUCUGUUCCUUUUCAAAAGGGAGCACCUAAACAUCACAGGGAAAUGCUGUCUCUUGAUUUGUCAUAGAGAAUAUCCAAGAUCAAACAGGAGAACUGGUAAUUCUUUUCUAGCUAUAAUAGAUAUGUGAGGUGUGUUUGCAUGCAGAUGUUUUGGGUGCCCACCUAUGUCCUUGGUUUUUAAAGAUUGACUUUCUUGUUUUGUUGCCCAGCAUUGACGAAACUGCAAAUUGUACCACUCAUUCUUGAACUGUUGAUGAUUUAUAAUUUCUUCUUUUAUGUCAUAAAAACUAUUGAUCUGAAAACAUUUCAUUUUAAAAUUCAAUGUGUUCAUGAUUGAUAAGAUAAAAAAGAGCUAUCCCUUCUCUUACACUGAAUUAUCCUUCAAGGAUUCAACUCAAAUCCAGGUAUUUGGAGGAAUUUCCUUAUAAAAUGUUGUUAUUCUGUUUGUGGCUCCUCUAACUUACAAAUCAGAGCUCAACAGUGGACAAUUUGAAAAAUGCUGCAGUAAAGAUCAUUAUCUUUAUGUAGUUUGGACAUAUUUUUUAAAGCAAGGUAAGCAAAACCCCCUAAAUUCAGUCCUUAUCACUAAUAAUAUUAAGUGCAUUUAUGAAAGUGUGACCAUAGUUUGAAUUUGUUCUUGAUUCGGUUUGUUAUUACAGAAGGUAAUCCUGUAUGUGUCGGUGUCCACCGUUUGAAAGCGUCAAAGUUUAGUUAACAAAACUGUUUGUACCUCCUGUUCUGAAAGUCUUUUAUUUUUAUGUCCGUAACUAAGAACUUCUUUCUUUUUCUUCCCCCUCAUUUUGAGUGUGGCCUUUCAUGGCUGCCAAAUGCUUUUUCUCAGUGCAUUGUAUAUCAAGGAUUUUAUUGGCUUUAUUCAAGUCAUACCAACAACAUUCAAACUGAUUUAAUUAUUUACUUUUAUCUUGUAUUCAAUUUUAAAUUGCAAAUAAAAUAAAACUAGUAUUUGUAU